AUACACGAGAGCCUAUGAAUGAGAUCACGAAAGAGACACCUGGUUCUCCAAUAGCUCAACAGAAUAUUGAGACUCCAGUCCUUACUCCAAUUCAGACGCAGCAGGAGACUCACGAGCUUAUGAAUGAGAUCAUUUCACCAAACAUUUCCGACACACAGCCAAAUACCCGAGCUCGCAGAAAUCUUUUAACAGAGCAAAAUAAGGAUGUAGAAAGCAGAGUUCAAAAUCCCUUUGAGAUCGGAGCAAAUGUGGAGAUUUCAUCACAAGAUGACAAUACUUGUCAUAAAUGGUAUCCAGGAAAUGUGUUGGCAACAUAUUUGGUUGAUGGGGUUGAGAUGGUGAAAGUUGAGUACUCCGUCCCGUCUCUGGACGAAAAGAAGAGGAAAAGGAGUGUUGAGACACGUGUAUCAAUUGACAGAAUACGUCCUCAACCACCACCUGAGAGAUCUGGAGCGAAGAAAAGUUAUGAGCUAAUGCAGGACGUGGAGGCGUUCGACAAUGGUGCCUGGUGCGCUGGAAAAGUUAAAGUCAUUUUGUUUGAUGGCUCGUGUUUUGUCUCUUUGAACAAUUCUAAAGAACAAAUUUACUUCCACCAUUCUGAGAUGCGAAAACCAAGAAAAUGGGUAGAUGGUGUUUGGGAGAUGACAAAAAGGUAA